CGCCAACUUCGUUAUGAAACGUCAACUUUGAUAGAAGUGUCAAAGUCCAAUGGUCCAAUUUUUGUAAUACCUCCCAAUUAUUUAAUUCCUUUACAACUUGUUGUAGCAAUGGCUCGUGUGUUAGUUGGGGUUAAAAGAGUCAUCGACUAUGCCGUUAAGAUUCGGGUUAAGCCCGAUAAAACCGGGGUUGUCACCGAUGGGGUGAAACACUCGAUGAACCCCUUCGACGAAAUAGCCGUAGAGGAGGCCGUCCGUAUGAAAGAAAAGAAACUAGCGUCUGAAAUCAUCGCAGUUUCUUGUGGUCCAACUCAGGCCCAAGACGUGAUCAGAACGGCCCUUGCCAUGGGUGUGGAUAAGGGCAUUCACGUCGAGGUCUCAGGGGCUGAAUACGAAACCCUCCAACCGAUCCACGUUUCAAAAAUUUUGGCCAAACUGGCCGAGAAGGAAAAAGCCGACAUGAUCAUAGUUGGCAAGCAGGCAAUUGAUGACGACUCGAAUCAGACGGCUCAGAUGACUGCCGCCGCCUUAGAUUGGCCCCAAGCUACGUUUGCUUCAAAGAUAGAAAAGGGUGAUAAGGAAAUCACCGUGACCAGGGAGGUUGAUGGGGGUUUGGAGACGAUCAAGUGCAAGCUCCCGGCUUUGAUAAGCGCCGACUUGCGUUUGAACGAGCCACGAUAUGCUACUCUGCCAAAUAUUAUGAAAGCGAAGAAGAAGCCAAUUACUAAAAUGACUCCAAAGGAUUUGGGGGUUGAUGUGUCUCCUAGGAUCACUGUGGUCAGUGUGGAAGAUCCGCCAGUGCGUCAAGCCGGAGCUAUUUUGCCCGAUGUGGAUGCACUUGUUGGAAAAUUGAAAGAAGGAGGUCAUAUUUAAGUACAAAAGGGAUGUUAGGUGCAACUGUAAAUUUUUAUAAAAACAUAUUUUACUAAGAAACAAGUCUUUCUUUAUUGAGUCAGCUUACAGAGGACCAAAUAUUGGGUCACACGGUGUACCGUGUUGCCAUCACAAAAAAUAAAUAAUUCACUUGA